GCGUGGCCACGAGAGUUGCCAUCUCCCAACUCUGUUCACGAGUGUCUACGUGCCUGUGUGUAUCGUUUGAUAUGUGUGCAUGGUGUGUAGGGUGCGUAAUGGAAGCGAUCUUCUCCACACCACGGAUCAUGGAGUCGAUGUUCUCGACACCAAGGACCAUGAGUCCUAGGACGCACACGCGCUUAGCAGAACCGUUUCCUCCGUGUGCCAAAUCCGUGCGGCAUUUCAACGGCGUGACUUCGAUCCACGGAGCGACCAGAGAGGACUUCGAAGAGGACCCGUGGAUGACCGUCGUCCCGUGCAUGGACCGACAUCUCGACGGUUGGCACGAUGUCCAUUGGGCCUUGAUGGAGAGUCGCUGCCCUUGGGCAAGCCAGUACAAGUUUGCCAACAUGUUAGAGUUUGGGGACCUCAUCACACAGCCUGAAGCUGUCCUCGGACACAAGUUCCUCAACCGCAUGCGCAGAACACUGAGCUGCAUCCGCCGCCAUUUCAGUCGCCUAGAGUGCCACUACGGGAAGGUCGUCGCCGAUGCCAAGGGGGCGCUUCUGGACAUGGAUUUGUUCAAGGGGUUCGGAGCGGGUGCUGCAAACACCCCAUUCUACAGUGACCUUCGGCGGCAGGGCGGGUCUGUUUUGGGUCGAGAGUUCUUCAACCUGUUGGAGGAGAAGGACGUCGGCCUCGACGUCCCUUGCGACGUCGGUCCAGACCAGGAGUUCUCAACGCCCUUGCAGCUGUGCGGCGGUUCCCGGUCGCUGCUCGGCAGCGACGUGGCCAAGAGGUACAAUUUCAAGCGGUGGUCGGCAGAAAUGGUGUACUUUUCAGACCAUGAUUUCGAAGGGUAUUUUCUUGUUAGUUCACAGGACAACAAAAAGGACCUGAAGGCACCUCCCAGACAGUUGAAACUGUCUAUGAAAGACAUUCGGUGGCAGUGGAAGCAUGACGGUUGCCCGAGAGCUGUAAUGGGGAUCCCAAGCGGGAAACAAGCUCAGGUCCAGGAUUGGCAUCAGGGAUUGGAUGACGAGUUGUGGGACAACAGCAAAAAACACGUUUCUGACUCGGCGCUGUUCAAGGACUGUCCGCCGUACAUGGGUUGCAACCAGGACAACUCGAUUGAAGUGACGGAGAAGUUGGCGGGCCACAAGAAGUUGUCCAUCGACUGGAGAAACAAGGUUCUGUCGGUGUUGAAUGGGAGCAGAUUGAAGAGCCGGGAAAUUGCACUCGCCGAAGGCAUUGUGCACAUCAAAUGGAAAGACACGGGGGACGUGACAUCCAUCGCACCGUUCGGUAACGACCCUUUGGAGGCGAACGUCAGGGGCGCAAAGCUGAAGGAAGCAGUGCACAACCUCUCGUUUCUCGCCAGCAUGCACCAUCUUUCUUUCGUUAAGCUGUUGGAAGGGAAGUGGGUGCGGAGAGAUCGGCAAAAGAAAAGCUUCCCCGUGGGGAACAAUUUGUACGCGGAGGACGACCGCAUGUACAUCCUCUUCAAGGGUGACGAUCUGCGCGUUAGCACGUCCGUGGUCUACGAAGGAAAGCUGCCUUAUGGUGCCGCUGCUGCGGUGCGGUUGCCUCAGAGGGUCACCCAGACGGAUGUGUCCGAGAUUCCCUUCACACCUUGCGACUGGUCGCUGGUGGCGCCGGAACGACAGGGCAGUGUCUACGGGGACAUGAAACGUAAUCCGACACAAUUCAUCGGUCUUCUUGAGUUCCUUACCAAGAAGGGAGAGGGUGUGGUCUUCCUUGGGAAACCGCACUCGCGAAGCGUCUGGGAUCGGCACGUCGUCGCGAUGGAAGGGAAUUCCGACCUUUUGCAAUUCACGAUGCAAGUUGUGAAAGGCGAGGUCAAUUUGGGCGGACAUAAUUGCGAGUUCAUGGUCGUGAAGCCGACACAGGAUCGGGUGUGGAGCAAUAAUACGGACAUGUGGUUCAAGUUGAGUGAGAGGGAGAGGAACAAGAUAUACGAUUUCUUGUUUCUUCAAACGUGGCCGAGAACGGACACUUACGCCGAGUACGUCCGCCGCAAGGACCACAUGCUUGCACUGCUCGACAACUACCACUUCGCCUCCCGCAUGAAUGCGAAGACGUUUCUCGAAAGGCUACAGUCGUUGUAUUUCGUGGAGUCCGAACAGCAGUUGAAGUUCGCCAGUUACUCUUCCUUGAUCUCCACUGAUGAUGAGGAAGCCAUAGGUGUGGAGUUCGUCGCCAACGCAAAGGAGGAGGAGAGCGACACCGAGAGCCUUGACCUGCAGUACGACCCAUUUCCGACGGACCACGACCGGGGGUCCUCGUCGGCUGGUCCGUCAUCAAGCGCUGCAGCCCUCUUGUCACCGACGGCCAAACUGGCGCCUGGCUCCACGCGGAUGAAGUUGUUGGAGAGACUCAAACCUCUGGCCAUCCCCCCACCCGCUUUGCGUCCCGGGAUCCCGAAAUUGGCAGCAUUGCGGCGCGCGACGGAAAGGUGUCGCCUGAGCGGGGGCGACGCCCGCAAGGAUUGCGGCGAGAGGCUGCAUGUACAGGGUCCGAGCGACACGGAGACAACGAAGUCCGCCGAGAUCCGAACUUCUUCGGGUGGGGAGUGUCGGCCAGGGAAUGUCGUGCCUCCGAGAGGGGCAGCAAUCAUGGAGACGGAAGGGCGGUCCUCGGGAUUCAACACGGGUGUCGGGGAAGGGGAUGAGUUUCGUGGAAAAGAAGUGGGGGAGGAAAUGGAGGAAGGGAAGAAAGCGCCCGAAGGGGAGGAAGAAGUGGAAGAGGAGGAGGAAGGGGAGGAAGCAAGAGAAACGGAGCUCAUUGAAUUGCUUGAAGGAAGGGACGUUGCCGGAGCUGGAGACGACGAAGUGGAGCACAGUGAGGAGGCUGCCGGAUCUGGAGAGUCGUCUGACGAUUUCGGACAACUGUACGGAGGGCAUCAUGAGGAUGAUUUUGAUGACAAUGCCACCGCAAUGGAGAUGGAGACACAGGUAAUUAGCAGCCUUUCCGCAGAGCCUGAAGAUUAUGCGCUCCGACCACUGACCUCUGCAGUCGACUUGCAACACCGGUUCGACGAGGCAGCCUUUGCUAUUAGCCCGUCUAAAGCAAGUCGUUGUAUAAGCAUUGACAAAGUUAUCGACAGUAUCCUCGGCGACCAUCACAUGUCUGCCCAUCCGUCAAGAACGCAAGACGUCGACGACGCUGGCAACGUCACAUUUUGCGUGUCAGCUGCCCUCGCUUCGUCGCCGCCGAAGUCUCUGAUCCUGCCGCCCACCCUUGCCGCCGGAGGGGAAGGCGAGGUCAGGGGACGACAACAUGUCACGUCCACAAAAAAAUCCAGGGUCGACACUCAAGCUCUCGACGUGCUCGCUUUGCCCGCGCCAAACUCCCCGUCGAAGGAUCGGAGAGAAAAACAGACUUGUAAGCCGUGAAGAACGCCACACCGCCUGCGCGUCCUGGAUUACGAAAUU